AACCCAUCGAUUUGGGAUCAAAUUUUUCUCUCGUUUCUUUCUCUCUAACCUUGGUCUCGUAGCAGCUCUUGCUUCACUUUCCUCAACAGUUAUAUAAAGCAUGUCGCUUCCUAACGAAGACAGUACUUCUUCAACUUCUGAUGCACAGCUUAAUGACAUUUUUGGGGAUUUACUAGAUUCCAUUAUCGUUGAUGUUGCAUCUGAGUGUCAUCGAAUAGCAAAGUUGGGACUUGAUCGAAAUUUUGAAGAAGAGGAAGAGGAAAUGAGGCUUUCAGCCCAAGCACGGGUAAGGGUAGCUGAUCCUAGUAAUAAUAGUGAAGCAAAUGGGAAGUACGUAGUCGACAUAUUUGGACAGACUCAUCCUCCUGUAGCCAGUGAAAUAUUUGAGUGCAUGAAUUGUGGCCGAACUAUCAUGGCUGGAAGAUUUGCUCCUCAUUUGGAGAAGUGUAUGGGAAAGGGUAGAAAGGCUCGUCUGAAGGUGACAAGAAGUAGCACAGCGGCACAGACUCGGCAUACACGAGUCAACCCUAGUUCCACAUACUCCAAUCAUUCAAAUUCCAACAGCACAAGCCGGCUACCAAAUGGUACAUCUGGUGUUGGAGGUGAGGAGUAUUCAAAUGGUGCAUUGGAAGAGUUAUGAAACAACUUUUAGCUCUGGUGUUCUCUACAAGCUACUGGGAAGAGGCAUUUUGUAUAUCUGCGUAGUUUCCCAUGUUUAUGGAAAGGAAAUGUGAUUUUGAGUACGCUUCUGUCGGUUUCAGAUUAACAGAUAAACUGACCGGAGAUUUAGUUGGGAUAUGACCACAUUAGUACUUUCUGAGUAUGAAGAACACCUUUUAUACAGUA